ACGGCUGCUGGAGUUCCUCCCUCCCCUCCCGCUCCUCCGCGGCGGUGGGUGUGGCAUGUGGGCGGGGCGAGGCGAUGCCCCUGCCCCUCCCCUCCUGGAGGGGUCCGUACCAACCCAGUAAAGAUUUGGCGCUGGAGGGAGAGGUCGCGGGGCGUCGCUUGUGGGCCCGGUAGCCGCUCCCUGACCUACUCUGGGGAUGGUUGGACCCAUGGAGAAAUUCACCUGGCAACGGUUGGAAUGUUAAAUCCAUAUAGGUUUUCUGAUGGCAAUGAAGUUCAGGUACCAACCAUAUAGGAAAUUCCUUUGGCUGAAGUUGUCUGUAACAUUUAUUUCUGAAAGGGUUUUGGGAUCUUGAAUCCUGAUUUGUUAUCCUGUAAUUUACUGAUACAUCAAUUGCAAAAUAAUGCCAAUUCUAAGAAGCAGUGUGGUGCCUUCAGUUGAUAAUAUUGCAAGUGAUACUUCAACUGUCCAGGAAAUGACUUCUUCAAAUGAAGCAAUACCAUCUGAAAAAAGUUCAACAAGUCUGACAGAGAAGAGUGGCUAUCAGGACUCUGUUUACUUAAAUGCUGCCAACAUUUUUCAAGGCAUUCAUAAUGAAAAGCCUCAAGAUAAAAUAUUGGUAAAAUAUGGGAGUGGGCCACUGCCAUCUCUUCCAGAUUUCAAAGAUGAACAGUUCCAGCGUUUGUCAUAUGAAUUGGCUUUCAAUGCUUUAAAAUAUCAAGAUGUUCUUGAAAAUAUACUGAUAGACAGUGGCAUAUACCCAAUACAGUCAAUGUCAGAUGAAUUGACCAGUCUUGUUGUUGUGAUGCUGUAUGAUCUCCAAGAGCGGAAGUUUGAAGCACGCUAUAUCGAUGAUGAGGAACCAAUAGCGGUAGUCAAAGAAGUUGAGUGUUACCUGUGCAGUUUUAGGACAAAAUUGGCUGCUGCAUUAGCAAGAUGUCGAAUCAAACAUGAUGCUCUAUCUAUAGAACACAUUCUGCCAGAAACAAUACGGAAACAAGAACAAAGGGCUACUGCUUUACCCUUGUAUGCAUGGAUAAAUACACUUAAAGCAAGCCUUGAAGAAGUUCACAGCUCUUUACAAAAAGAGGGAUUCACUGAAGUGGAAUCGGUCUCAGAAUUUGGUGAUUAUUCAUAUUGCCUGGAUAAGCACUGUGAAGAUGUACUUAUUUUCCCUUCCUUUCUUAAAGAACAUCUACUUACUCUGGAACUCUUUACUACUUACAAACUCUUGUUUCAGGAUAAAUCUCGUAGCCUUGCUGUUCGUUCAGUGAAAGCUUUGCUGAACAUGGAUGAUGAUGUAUUAGUAGCCAAUAUGGGAUCCUGGCUGACCCUUGCCCAUAUGUCAGUACUGAUGAAUCAGGAAACAUCUAAAGUAUUUGUGUGUGGAGUAAAGUCAGUGGCAAAAGAAGCUGAACUGAAGGACCUGUUUGCACAGAUGGAGUGUAAAAAUAUUGAGCUACUACGUGAAGAUUUUACAAAUAUUGACCCAACUGAUCAUAAGCUGCAAAAAGUCAAGGUUAUUUUGCUGCUACCUCGGUGUUCAGCCCUGGGUGUUAGUAAUCCAAUUGAAUUUAUUUUGAAAGAACAUGAAGAUGCAGAAUUACUCAGAGAUCUCUCUCAAGGAUCUGUGGCAGAAGAUAAACUGAAUAUGCUUGCACAGCAACAGCUUAAAGAAUUAAUGCAUGCAAUGCAGUUUGCUAAAGUGCAAGCUGUUGUCUACUGCACUUGUUCGGUUUACCCGGAAGAAAAUGAAGCUGUGGUGAACAACGCACUAGCAUCUGGAGCAGAAGGAACAAAGGCCCAACCUUACAAGCUCUGUCCGCCUGUUCUUCCUUUGUGUUGCAAAUCGGAAGUAAAUUCUUCGGCAGAAAACUUUUUCAAGCUGGAGCCAUCAGAUAUUUCUAAUAGCUGUUUUAUAGCUGUUCUAACCCGAGAGAAGGAUCCAUCUGAAUCUGUAUCAGUGAAAGAUGUUUUAGCUCGUGCUGCAGCAAAGGGUUUAUUGGAAGGUAUUGAUUUGGCAAAGCCAACUAAAAAAGAAGAGAAGAAGAAAAAGAAGCACAAGGUAACCCAGCCAAAGACUGCUGCUAAAGAGGCAGUGAUGCAAUCUAAAAUUCAGGAAUUUCUGGAACGAGAAAUGAAACCGAGCGUUAUUGAGUCUGAUGCUUCAGCAGUUAAUAUAACUGCCAGUACGUCUCAGGUUGUGAACCAGACAAAGAAUUCCAUUCCCCUGAAGAAAACGGCCAAACCUCUCUCAAAUUCAUCUCUACCCACUAUGUCAAAGAACACACUUGCUUCACCAUCUAUGCAGAAAGUGUUUGAAAGACAACGAAACAUUAGGAAACCAAAGUCUGAAGACCGUGUGAUGCUCUUGAAACCUGUUGAGAUUGUUCUGCCUCCGGUAUUGAUGCCAUACUUUAAUCCUCAAGGAAACAGGUCACAAAUUUCAUCGAACCACUAUUACUAUCGUUGGGUUGGAGGAAAAAAUGGGACCUACAGCACAAUUAGCCCAUCUGCAUCCAAAAGACUGAUAAAAUCAAAAGAACUUUCUUCUCCAGGCAAGCAUUCUCGUCCAUGGCUUUGAAGACAGCCUUUUCAUAACUGCUAAUUUACCAUAAUUCUUUCAGAAUUUGAAAUCCUGUAAUUCUAGGGGGAAAGGCCAAAAAACCCGGUUUCCAAUGUAAGCACCAGAUAACCUACAGAGAAACUGAAUUGCUUUUUUUAGGCAGUUAAAAUGCAUCUUUUUCUGAGUUAUUAUGAAAGUAGCAGAGGGGCUGUUGUGCAAAGGCAUUUAUUAUGCAAUGUUAUACUCCAGUGCCUGUAAACUCCUGAGUGCUAAAAUGCCUGAAUCUAAUAUGUAUACUUAGAUUAUGGAAACUGUCCUGCUAAGAAAUACAAAAUGCUUACAUGAGCAAUAGCUGAUCAGUUUCAACCACAGCAGAAACAGUUUUUUCCCCUCUGAGUGUACUUAUAGGUAAUGAAUGUUAUGGCUAGGCAUUGCAGUUCUAAACAAAAACAGGCUUUCUGACUAUAGAUGCAGAUUUUUCACUGCUUAUUCACUAUGCAUUUGGUGAGUAUUUUGGGGGAUUUUGCAUACCUCCUUUUUUCACAGUGGGUGACAGUCUGCAGAGACUGCAGCCCAUUUAAUAACCCACUCAAAUUUUCUCCUCUAAAAGGCCAGAAUUUUUGAAAGCCUAUUAUAGUUUUGGCUUAAAGAAUAGAACAUCACAACAAUAACAAGAAAAUAUUAAGAAAUGUAGAUUUUUUUCUGGCUUUCUUUCUGUGGCAGCUUCAUUAUUAGAUGGUUUCACAUUGCUAUUAACAGCCACUUCACUAGUCAAUAUAAAUCUUCAGCUUGUUAUACGUUAUAGUAAAAUAGAAACCAAACCCAUUAAAUAAUUCCUGAUCAAUGCCUUUUCUAACUGCAGUAUUUUAUUUAUAUAUGUAUCAUCUGUUAUUAAGUGAGUAGGCCUUUUCUACACUGCUUUGCAGCCAUUUGGCUGGGCUCCCUCACUUGGCAAACAGCUGUGUGUGCCGCACAGAGUGCCCUGAAUGCUUUAAACCAGUGCUUCCCAACCUUGGUUCCCCAGAUAUUCAUGGACUACAACUCGCAGAAAUCCUAAUCAACACUGCUAGUGGUGAAGGCUCCUGAGAAUAUUCAUCCAAAAACAUAUGGGGAUCCAAGAUUAAUAACCAUUGCUUUUAACUAAUUCUACCCUUGGUUAUGAAGGACCAUAUCCCAUUGCCAGUACUGAUGUGAUAUUCAUUUUGCAUCCCAGCCAUCU